UGUUGACACAUUAGCAGUAUCCCUGCCGGAGUUAUUAAUUUUUUUAUUGAGAAAUAUGAAGACGUGUUUUGUGCAAACUGUGAUAAUUAUUUUAGGAUACUGUAUUAUUACUGACGGUCUGGAACAAAAGUCAAGGAUAAAAAGGCCCAGGGCGCCUCCACCAGAACCAGAGAAUGACGUCGAGACGGACUUCGAUGAACGGAAUAAUCCUCUCAACGCAAACUACGUACCACCCGGAUUUUUGAGUCCGUCUGUGAUCGAAUAUUUGGAACUGGGAAAAUCGAUACCAGGUAGACCUGGUUCGGAUUAUCCCGUCUUGGGCACUGUUCCCUACACGAACUUCUACUGCGACGAACAGCCUUACCCAGGGUUUUACGCGGACACAGAGACGCGCUGUCAGAGUUGGCAUUAUUGCGACAUCGACGGCAGGCAGACGACGUUUCUGUGUCCCAAUGGUACUCAGUUCAGCCAGUUGGUGUUCGUCUGCGAUUGGUGGUUCAACGUCAGGUGUGACCUGAGUGAAAAGUUAUAUGUAAUCAACAGCCGAUUAUAUGGAAGGCCGAAGCUGGACCCAACCCGCCCACAUCGAACCAUUACAAAGCAACUGCUAGAAGACAUUUUCAACGAUGAGGAAGAAUAGAUUCCAUACAUCUCUCAAAUAAUGUACAAAUGAACAAUUUGGUGUUUGUCACAACUUGGCGACGAAGCAAAAACAAAUUUUGUUGGCGAAAUAUAGUAUUACAUGUCAUUUAAAAUAGUGUACCCAAGUGGACAUCUCUUUCUCUAUCCAGAUUCGAAGUUCAACAUAUUUAUUUAUUAAUUUAGGAGUCUCUAAAAGUUUAAUAAUAAUAAUGGUGCGGUAAAAUAUAUACAUUGUGUUGGCUUAAACUCAACACGACUAAAGAAUAGAACAUAAAUCGAAACAAUGAAAGCAAAAGUUUCUAAAACUUCUUGCACGAAUCGAUUUAUUUUUAUUAAAUAUAAGGAUGAACUGAUUUUACCGGACCCAUUAUUUUAAACUUGCCUACUUGAAAAUGAAAAGGUCACAGUAGUAUUUUUCGUGCCACUUGGGAUUGAUUUGCGUUUGGAAGCCAUUUUUAUUUUAAUGCGUUUUGUAAUAUAUGUUUAUAACGUUUAUUACUUAUUGUUGUACAGUUAGGUUAAGUAUUCAUAGUAUCAGCAAAAUGUAUUAAUAAACAAAAAAAUAAAAUAUUUUUUUAUGUA